AUGUCCGGAGACGAAGCCCCCUCGCUCUUUGAGCGCAUCACUCUCCCUUCCAUCCCCAAGGAAGUUGGUCGCAAAAUCUCCCAGCUCGAGCAGGAGUUUGUGCGUGCUGAGAUUGAGCAAUUGCGUAAACAAAUCCCCGUUCUGCGCCCUCUCUACGCCAAACGAAAUGCCUUGGUUGCCUCCAAAGAUCUCCAGGAAGCCGAUUUCUGGCCCCGCGUCUUCUCCAACGCGCCCCAGGAAAUCGACGAGUACAUCCUCGCUUCUGACGCCGCCGUCAUCGGCCAAUGCCUCAAGAACUUGACCGUCGAGCGCUGCGACGUCGACGAGAACGGCAACGGCGGUGACCCUCGUAGCGUGCGUUUCACCUUUGACUUUGCCACGGGCGAGGAAAACCCUUACUUCACCAAUGCCCAGCUCGUCAAGGAAUUUCACUACCGUACCAAGAUCACCAAGUCCCCCAAGGGCAAGCGUCACGUCUGGGAGGGAUACGUCUCCACUCCCGUGCGCAUCAACUGGAAGAAAGAUCAAGACUUGACCAAGGGCUUGUUGGAUGCCGCCUGCGACUUGUACGAGGCUGAGCAGAAGAAUGGUGCUGGUGUUGACCGUACCUCUUUGCCUGAAUACGAAAAGCUCGUCACUAAGCUCGAGGAGGUCGAGGCUGAGGCUGACGCUCUUGUCGGCGACGAUGACGAGGAGGCCGACGACGACACCGUUCCCAGUGGCGUAAGCUUCUUCAAUUGGUUUGGAUACCGCGGAAACUCCGUUACUGCCGAGGAGUCUGCCCAGGCCGACAAGGAGGAGGCUGAGCGCUGGCAGAAGAUUGAGAACGGCGAAAAGGUUGACGAUGAUGAAGAUGAUGAGGAGGACGAGGAUGAGGAUGAUGACUUUGAUGAAGACGAAGAGAGCCUUUCGACUGUCGAGAUCUUCCCUGACGCUGAUGAUAUCGCCAACACUUUGGCCGAGGAAGUCUGGCCCAAUGCUCUCAAAUACUAUGUCCAAUCAUACUCGGUUGCCGAUGACUUUGACGACGAGAUGGACAUUGAAGAACUUGACGACGACGAAGAUGAGGAGGAUGACGAAGACCGUCCAGCCAAGAAGGUCAAGACCUAG